GUUAUUCUCGCUCAAUAAAAAUAUUCUUAACAUGGAGGGAUUUUCGUGAUUAAUAUUUUACUUUUAUUUUAUUGAGUAGAUUGUCUAGUUAUCGGUGUUAAUGGCUCGGAGACUUUCAAAAGCUGCGUUACUCGUUGAACCUAAGCACACGACCUUGGUUAAUACCGUUAGGCUUGUAGACAGGUGAUAUUAGUGUUUGAACGUAAUUUUUGUGUCAUGUUUUUUCCUUGAAGUUUUCAUUUGGCGAGAUAUAUGUUUGUUUUGCAGUCUAUCAUGUGACUAUCACAAUUUACUCGAUGGAACCAUUCGUCGAUUUGUUUUUCAAUAAGAUCCUUUAAUUUUAGUCUAAAAUUGAAUUCGUAUUGUAAAAAAGGACACUAUCACAAACGCAUAGUAUCCGGGGGGACUUGCAAGCGUAUUGUCUUUAUGAAAAGUUGUGAUCAAAGGAGUUGCGUGUUCUGUUUAUUUCAAGUUUUAUGGAUACAUCAUUUUCCAAAUUAUAUCUGCCUAAUAGUGGUUUUCUGUAAGACUCAGAUGAUAAGAGACUUUAUGCAGUAUUUGUAAACAGUGACGAACUAAACACACGUCGAAGUCAAGAUUAAAUUUAGGCCUGAACUAUUAGUCUAAUCACCUAGAGCUGGUCAAACUUCACAUAAGGGCAGACAAAAUUUUUUUCAUUGUUGUCGCACAUGUGGAAUUGAAACGAAUUGACUGAGUUGUUUGAAGGGGAUCAGGACGUUAAUCUUCACAGAGCGUUAGUUAUUAGUUCACUUGAAAUGUUAUUCCCAGGAUUUUCUCUUUAUAUAUCGUCAAUAGGUAACUUUACUCGACGGUUUCGUAUCUUGUUAAAUAUGAGUAUAUAGUAAGACAGUUUAAUUUAAUGGACUGUCAUUAUGUAAGCAAACAUGUUUAUUAACAGUGCUAAUAUUAACUAAUAAGACAAUCCUCAGUAGGCUUCCUAAAUUACUGAUGACCUGUAAACGCUUCUUAUCGUUCGUCUUCACUAUAUUUGUAACAAUCUUUAUUUGAAGUGGGUUUAUGGUGAAGUUUCACACACUUAAAUUGGAACGAAUGUAAGUUGUUGGUGUUUUUGCACCUGUAUUUCCAUAACUGAUACUGCAUUCUACUGAGAACUAUAUUUUUUGGUAUUACUGGGGAUUGAGUCUUAAAGAUCAUUUCUUGAAAAACAAUUUAAUGAAUCCUACCCUGUAACUACGACUUGCAUCUUGAGUUGAGCAAAGAAAAAUGACUCACGCUAACUCCCCUUACCUCAAUACUGCAUUUUUCAAGCUCUUUACACAAUUCAACCCCGUGCACAAUAAUAUGUUAUUGUGUAACCUUCCUAACUUUGCAUUAUUAGGUCGAACAGGAGCUUUAAUGUAUGUUCACUAAGUCAUAAACUUACGUUUGCUUUAUUCUAGGUUACUUAUCCAGUCUUUUGGAUUCAUUCAUUUUGUGCUCUAAUCAUAAAACUUCUGGGAAAGAAAUCGCGCAAAAGUUAUGAGUGUUGUUACACCUAGUGAUUUAAUCAGAGAAUCUGCCCAUGUUAAGUCAGCAGAAGAACACAAAUUAUUGUCUGACAAAGCAUUAUGCAAUCCUAAGGAAUUUUGGUUGGGAUAUGCAAUGAAGUUUCACUGGCAUUCACCUCCUUCAUUCGGAAAAUGUCUUAGUUACAAUUUCGAUUGCCGUAAAGGACCUAUUUUUGUUAAAUGGUUUGAGGAUGGAUGCACAAAUAUUUGCUACAAUAUCUUGGAUCGCAAUGUUGACCGUGGUUUCGACGAUAAAGUGGCAAUUUUAUGGGAAGGCAACGAUCCAAAUGAUACAAAUCGUUUGACGUACUCUGAAAUGUUGACCAAGGUCAAAAGAAUUGGUAAAAUGCUCGCGAAUCUCGGUAUUAGAAAGGGAGAUUGUGUUGCCAUUUAUAUGCCUAUGAUUCCAGAGCUCCUGAUGACUAUGUUAGCAUGUGCUCGUAUUGGUGCUGUACAUACUGUUGUAUUUGGUGGGUUUUCCGCCUGUGCUCUUGCCGAUCGAAUUAUCGAUGCCAAAUGUAGCAUUCUUAUCACUGCUGAUGGAACAUGGAGAGGGUCGAAACUUAUUCAACUUAAAUCAAUUGCAUCUACUGCAAUGGAUAUGUGUGAAGAUAAAGGAUAUUUUAUCCAACGAUGUGUUGUAUUUCAACAUGUUACUGCUUUUCCCUCUAAAUCCAUUAAUGGAAUCAGUAAUAAUGUUGAAAGUAAAGAUGGCGUUCGACCCGCUACAAUGCUUGAUGUUCCAUUGAAGGAUGGUCGUGAUUAUUGGUGGCAUGAUAUAAUCAGUACUAUUCCUGAAAAUACUGAUUGUCCUGUAGAAUGGGUGAAUUCAGAAGAUCCGUUAUUUAUACUUUAUACAAGUGGCAGUACAGGACGACCGAAAGGUGUUGUACACACCACAGGUGGCUACAUGGUUUAUACAGCUACAACAUUCUUCUACACGUUUGAUUAUCAUGAAGAUGAUAUAUAUUGGUGUACUGCUGAUGCCGGUUGGAUAACAGGUCAUUCAUACGUUGUAUAUGGACCAUUAUUAAACGGUGCUACAAGUGUAAUAUUUGAAGGUAUUCCAACUUGGCCUGAUCCGGGUCGAUAUUGGUCUAUCGUAGAUCGAUAUAAAGUGACAAAAUUCUAUACAGCUCCAACAGCAAUUCGUACGUUAAUAAAAGCUGGUGAUCAAUACGUUCAAUGUUAUGAUCGUACAUCAUUAAAGGUCCUUGGAAGUGUUGGUGAGCCAAUCAAUGUAUCUGCUUGGGAAUGGUAUUAUAAUGUUGUGGGUAAUGGUAAAUGUUCAAUUGUAGAUACAUUUUGGCAAACAGAAACUGGUGGACAUAUGCUUACUUCAUUACCUGGAGCAAAUAUAAUGAAACCUGGUUGUGCUACUAAACCAUUCUUUGGCAUUGAUGCUCGAAUAUUAUCUGAGAGUGGUGAAGAUUUAACAGAAAAUUCAAAAACACUAGGUAUCAAUGUAGAAGGUUAUUUGGUCUUUGCUAAACCAUGGCCUGGUAUGAUGAGAACAAUCAAUAAUAAUCAUGAAUUAUUUGAAUCAGUUUAUUUUAAACGUUUUCCUGGUUAUUAUAUUGCUGGUGACGGUUCUGUGUUAGAUAAAGAUGGAGAUUUUUGGAUAACAGGUCGUUUAGAUGAUAUGCUGAAUGUUAGCGGUCAUCUUAUUAGUACAGCAGAAGUAGAAAAUGCUCUUCUAUUAGAUCCAAAUGUUAGUGAAGCUGCUGUUGUCGGUCGAAAACAUCCAGUUAAGGGUGAAUGUUUAUAUUGUUUUGUUACAUUGAAAGAUUCUAUACUAAAUGAUCAUAUGAAUGGUUUCAUGAAUGUUGAUAUAAUUACACAAGAAAUGAAAUCAGAAUUAUGUCAAAUGAUUCGAACAAAAAUUGGACCAUUUGCUACUCCAGAUUACAUCCAGAGUGCACCUAUAUUGCCAAAAACACGUAGUGGUAAAAUUAUACGACGUAUAUUACGUAAAAUAGCUAAUGAAGAUUAUGAAUUUGGUGAUACAUCAACUUUAUUGGAUCAUUCUUGUUUAGAGACUUUAAUUAAAUUAUCCAAAUUUGUCAUAAAUACAUAAUUGAAUGUGUUCCUCUCAGUUUUGUUGUUGAUCUUCUUUUUAUCUCUUUUAUUUUCUUCAAAACUGUGUGACAAUCACAGCGAUGAGAAUUAGCAAUGAUACAUUCAAUAUACCUUUAUAUUAUUAUUAUCAUCAUCAUCAUUUGCAUUGAAGUGUUUAUUCGCUCAUUGUUAUUAUUUUUCUAGUUAAAUAACAAUUUUUGUAAUUCAUUCUUUCUUUUGUCACAUCAUGAAUUGAAUGUUUUGUCUUCAGUGUGUUUAUUUACUUAUCUGUUUAUCUUUUCUUAUGGUUCACUGUUGUCAGUUGUAUUAUUAUUAUUAACAUUGAUGUUCUUGUUGCUACAGUUACACAGGACUUAUGUGAACUGUGCAACGUUUCAUAGAUAUUAGUCUAUUUAUGUGAAUCUCAUAACUUCUAUUGUUACUAUUUAUUGUGUACUUACUUUUCUGUUGAAAUGUCUCCGUUUCCAUAUAUAUAUAAUUACAUGCUAAUAUUAUUACUACUACUAGUAUUACUACGAUUAUUAUUAUUAUUAUCUUUAUCAUUGCAAUCCUUUCCUCCCAACCCUCCCCCCUCUUGAUCAAGUAGUAAGGUUGUGGGCUUUUAUUACUUAUUGUCCUUUUUCUAGGAAUUCGCUUUUCCGAACUUGACUAGCCGUUUAUUACUUAGUUCUAUAUUGUUACCAGCUUUUUUUUUACUUCACCUACUACCAGCCAUGACAACUUUGUUUAUUUUUCUUAUGCGACUCCUGUUUUUUUUCUCCUCCUCGAGAUGUUCAAUUCAAAUAUUCGUCAAGUAAACUGUAUUACUAUUAGUGUUGUUAUUCAGCAUUUUUUUCUCUCCGCCAGUUUUUUAUUCUCUCCACAAUAUUUUGGAGCAGAAAUCUCACGGUUGUGACUAUUGUUUCAGUUUACUAUUUAUUAUUAUUGUUAUUUUUAAACUGAAAAAGGGACAAUAUUAGAAUCCCUUAUGUUAUUAUUACAAAAUAACUACUUAAUUA